CACCACAGCGACCCAGGACAGCCUCUCCAGCAUUUUCUGAUUGGUCCAUAGUUUACCAUUUGUAUUACAUGGAUUCCGCCAUCUUCCAAGAUGGCGGACGCUAGUGUCCUUAAAGUGUAAAAGUACCUCGUAACCCAGCAUAACUGCGAAAUGUUGUGAACUUCUGGUGAUUCCACAGAAAAAGCGCACAAUGUAAUACAAAGCAAAAAGGUUUUCUUGACACUCUCUGACGAUCCAAAGGGAGCCUGCAAAUACUUCUGAUAGUAACUUUUAUUAUCCGUAGAUGACUUUUUAUCUGUUAUGAAAAUUAACUGCUUUAUGGCGACAUGUGUCGCCUAACUACAGAAAAAGUUUGCUUAGCUUUUUUGUCUCUGUAUCAGUAAAUACUAUUUCAGUCAUCUCUCUAAAGAUUUUCUCUGUCAUGUAAAAAAUAAGUUUCUAUUUUCCUCUCUUAUGAUUGGCCUAUCCAUGCAAUAUCUAGCAGCCAUUUUUCCGUAUUUUGCGCACAGACAUACACACAGAGAACCAUUUUGUAACACCCAAGCCUAAAGUCAAGGGAAUACAGACUUUUUGGCAACUAUUCACUGUAGAGUCAACUGAAGUAGGAGAGCUUGAUUUACCAUGUUUUCACGGACAAAAAGUUAGCCAACAAGUUUUAGCUGAAUUGCAAAUCUCUAUUAGUGACGUUCUAUGCCAGUGUUUUAAUAGGAACUUUAAGCAAAAUGGGUUUCCACAGUUUAUCACUGCAUUUUCCAUGUUUUCACUGCUAAAAACAAAGUGGAAAUCGAAUUUUCAAAAUAGAAACCCAUUUUGCUCAAGCGAGACUCACUAAUCAUUAAAAAACUACUCUAUGCAAGUAAAAUUAUUGAUUUAAUUUGCUGCAUGUAUCUAUUAUUAUUAUGUGUUGUCUUAUUGAUCUUUUUUUGUAGAUAGAUCAGAACAAAUUUUAUUCUUUUCUCAUUAAUCUAUUGUUUUAGUAGUCAAUUUUAUGGUGUUAUACUGAAUGAACCAUCCAAAAUAACAAUUACACGGUCUGUUGUCGAAUUAGGCAAUAAAUGCCCGUUUUCAUCUCCAUUUUAUCAGUCAAACGGUGAUAAACGAGUAUCUUCGGCAACAUCCGGAAAAGAGCAAUAUAGUUGUGAAUAUGGAUCACUUAAAUAUUAUAUGUAUUGUGGCCUUAGUGGCGUUUUGAGUUGUGGUUUAACUCAUACAGCUGUUGUGCCAUUGGAUCUAGUUAAAUGUCGUCUUCAAGUAAAACCACAAAAAUAUAAAAAUUUAGUGACUGGAUUCAAAGUAACUAUUGCGGAAGAGGGUACCCGUGGUCUUAUCAAAGGAUGGGCACCAACAUUGAUUGGCUAUUCCUUACAAGGUUUAGGAAAAUUUGGCUUUUAUGAAUUGUUCAAAAACUUGUAUGCACAUAUGCUUGGCGAAGAAAAAGCUUAUUUAUAUCGUACAGUAUUGUAUCUGGCUGCUAGUGCGUCAGCUGAAUUUUUUGCCGAUAUAGCUUUAGCCCCAUGGGAAGCAACAAAAGUCCGUAUUCAAACACAAGACAAUUGGGCAUCAGAUUUGAGACAAGGAUUACCUAAACUGUAUAGCGAAGAAGGACUUUGGGGAUUUUACAAAGGCAUUGUACCAUUGUGGUUGAGACAAGUUCCAUACACAAUGAUGAAAUUUGCCUGUUUCGAGCGUACAGUUGAAGCAAUAUAUAAAUAUGUUGUACCAAAACCCCGUGAUCAGUGUUCAAAACCUGAACAAUUGACUGUAACAUUUGCUGCCGGCUAUAUUGCUGGGAUAUUUUGUGCUAUUGUGUCUCAUCCCGCUGAUACAAUUGUAUCAAAAUUGAACAAUGAAAAAGGACUUAGUUUGACUGAAGCUGUACGGCGAGUGGGAUUUGCAGGUUUAUGGAAAGGACUCGGUCCAAGAAUACUUAUGAUUGGUACAUUAACAGCCUUGCAGUGGUUUAUUUAUGACACAGUCAAAGUUGUCCUAAGAAUUCCACGGCCACCUCCACCAGCACCACCUUUAUCAUCACGUUUAGCAGGUGAUAGACUGCAUUUAAUUCGUGAUCAAAAUGUCAACGCUUAA